GUCUCAAGCGGCUGACUGGCUAUCAGGAUGUGAGCGCCGCGUUGACGGAGAUGAAGGAGGAGAAACGGCGUAUGGACAUGGAACACAGAGUCUCCAUCCUCCAGCUCUUCCGUUCCCGCAUUUACCGCCAGCCGUUGCUGAUCGCUGUGGUUCUGCAACUGUCCCAGCAAUUGUCGGGCAUCAACGCAGUCUUCUAUUACUCCACCGACAUCUUGACCAAAGCUGGCCUGGAGCAGCCCAUCUACGCGACCAUCGGGACAGGCAUCAUUAACACCAUCUUCACCAUCAUUUCGGUGUUCCUGGUCGAGCGGGCAGGAAGGCGGACGCUACACCUGGUGGGCUUAUUCGGAAUGGGCAUCUGUGCCUUAUUGAUGAUGACCUCACUCCUCCUCCUGAAAAGCGUGGCCUGGAUGGGCUACCUGAGCAUGGUGGCCAUUUUCGCCUUCGUGGCCUUCUUCGAGAUCGGGCCGGGCCCCAUCCCGUGGUUCAUCGUGGCCGAGCUCUUCAGCCAGGGACCUCGGCCGGCCGCCAUGGCCGUAUCCGGCUUUGCCAACUGGACUAGCAACUUCAUCAUCGGCAUGAGUUUCCCGGCCAUCCAGGAGGCGAUCGGCCCUUACGUCUUCCUCAUCUUCGCCAUCCUCCUCUUCAUCUUCUCCGCCUUCACGUACCUCAAGGUGCCGGAGACACGGGGACGCACCUUCGAUGACAUCGCUGCCACAUUCCGACGCACCCCGUCGUUGUUGGAUCGCGAGAUCAAGCCUUACACGGAGCUCGACGAGCUGAGUCCGGACGGCCACGAAUGAAUUGGGGCAGAGGGCAGGGAAAGGAAUGGCGGGGAGGGAAAGGAGGCCACGAGGAGUAGAAUCGGGGACACCGGCAAAGAAAACAAAGGUUUGUCUCUAGCACUUUAGGGCCACGAGGCCUGGCCGGAAGGUCUCGGGGUCUCAGCCAAACAUGUUUCUUUGGUCUGGUUUGCAUUUACUUUAUUUUAUUUUUCUUAAAAUAUUUUUAAGGGAAAAGCAAUUUAAAGAGGAUGAUUUUUUUAUCAGAUGGUUCGGGAGGGCAGGCACCACGUUCACUUUGCUGUAAAUUAGGCUUUGGGGUGGAAAGAUACCCUCUGGGUAGCCCUAUUUGGACUAGAUUCCCCCACCCCCAGCUUCCCAGAGCACUUUCUGAAGCACAAACCGAUCAGAGAAACUGGCUGCCAACUAACCCUCUUCUGAAGUCUUUUCUUCAUUUCGUACUUGGUUCGGCUUGCGCUAAUGUUAAGUCCUGAGCGCAUAGCGCACAAGAGUGCCCCAGAGCAUGGGCAGAGUUCCUGGACCACUCUCUCAGGAGGUUCCCCCGGCAGCCUUCCUCUUUCAUGUGCUUCAGGAUAUGUCUUUUCCAGCAAAUUUGGGACACCUUCUAGACCGGGGCUAUCCAAACAUGGCUACUUUAAGACCUCUGGACUUCAACUCCCAGAAUCCCCCAGCCAUUUCCUCUUUUUCCCUUUGCUGGAGUCAAGAUAUAUCACAUCUACUUCAUUCCCACUAUCUAUUAAGAAAACUUACCCAAUCAAACAAAUAAAAUAAUAGUAGUCUGGC